GCAUAUUUAUCAAAUCCCUCAAUUCAUCAGGAAAAGGUCGAAGGUUUAAAUGGUGUAUAAUAUCAUCGUGCAUUCUCCAAACGCUAAGAAAUAGAAGUGCAUACAAACGUGAACUUUUUUCGUCAACUGUGUUGCAACCCGUUCAUUUAAGAUGGCCCGUUAUUUCAAGGAACAAGAUAUUGAUGAGUUUCGUGAAUGUUUUUAUUUGUUUGCUCGCUCGGGGCACAUAACGACACUGGAUGAGCUUACGGUAAUCAUGCGGUCUCUAGGAUUGUCACCUACCAUACAGGAGUUGACUCAGUAUUUGAAGAAGAAAAACGGACGAAUGAGCUUUGCCGAUUUUCUGGAGGUUAUGCAUCAACAUUCUCGUGUAGAGAACCUUCCUGAUGAGGUUAUUCAAGCAUUUAAAGCAGGCGAUAAGAGCGGACGCGGAACCAUUCCAGCUCGCCAGCUGCGUCAUCUUCUUCAGAAUUGGGGCGAAGGGUUGUCUUAUCGUGAGGUGGAUAACAUAUUUCGUGAAGCAAACGUGUCCAGCAAUGGUCAUGUUCGGUACAGUGACUUUGUUCGUGUUGCUUGCGCUCCAGUACCUGACUAUUAUUGAGAACAUCUUCAGGCCGUUGCAUCUCAAUUGUGCAUUCUUACUUCAAAUGCCACAGGCUGCAUUCCAUCACUUCAUUCAAAACGUGCAUAUCACGUUUAGUUAUUGUUGCUCAAAAAUGAUAUAUUUUUUAUAUUUAUAAUA